AUGUCGUUAUAUCUAAUCGCAAUGCAUGAUUUUAAUCAAUUGCUUGAAUUACAAGAUUUUGAAAAAGCUGCACUGAACUCUCCAGAUAAAGUUAAACCAAUUGUUAUUAUUAUUGUCGACCGUGGACUCGAUGAAAAUUCUCGUUUUCUAAAAACACUUGUAUUAUCUAUCGAUAUUUAUAAAAUUCAUGAUCUUGAUGCACUGUUUGUGCUUGCUCAUGCACAUGGUCAGUCAACAUUUAAUGCCGUUGAAUGUCGCAUGGCACCACUUUCACUUGACUUAGCUGGUUUAAUUUUACCUCAUGAUGAUUUUGAUACUUAUCUUGAUGCCAGCGGCACUACAACUGAUUUUGAAUUAGAAAAACAAUAUUUUAAGCCAGCUGGGAAAUACUUAUCGAAGUUUGAUUUAAUACAGUUAUUGACUCUUAUCCAGUGGUAG